AUGAGUAGUGCAUUAGUUUUAUUACUCUCUCUUUUGUGCCUUACAGCUUGUGUACAAUGUUAUGGCGGGGGAAAAUAUGGUCCUCUUGGGAAACUUACUGAGGUGAAACGCUCAAAGAAAUCAGUCGACUAUCUUUCCGAGAAUGACGUUGUCACUGAAUAUUCACCAGUUUAUAUAGCACCUCAGGAAGGAUUAAAGGAAGCUGAUAAGAUCUUAACUUUGCCUGGACAACCAAAGGUGAAUUUCUCUCAGUAUUCAGGGUAUGUAACUGUUGAUGCCAAGGCAGGCAGAGCACUCUUUUAUUAUUUUACCGAGUCUGAAGACCCUUCUAGCAAACCUCUAGUGCUGUGGCUAAAUGGAGGACCUGGCUGCUCAUCAAUAGGGGGUGGAGCAAUGACAGAACAAGGACCCUUUCGGGUGAAUCCUGAUGGCAAAACUCUAUGGUAUAACAAAUAUGCAUGGAACACUGUGGCAAAUGUCCUCUUCCUGGAAUCUCCAGCCGGUGUCGGAUUUUCGUAUUCCAAUACAUCAUCAGAUUAUAUUAUCGGGGACAAAAAAACUGCAGCAGAUUCAUAUACCUUCUUAGUGAACUGGUUGGAAAGAUUUCCAGACUACAAAACUCGGGACUUCUACAUAACUGGAGAGAGUUAUGCCGGCCAUUACGUGCCUCAGCUUGCUGAUUUGAUCCUUGAAAACAACAAAAUCACGAAUCAAACUGUGAUUAACCUGAAAGGGAUUGCUAUUGGGAAUGCAUACAUAGACUAUACGGAUAGGUGGGCAGGCACUUAUGACCAUUUCUGGACAAGUGCUCUCAUAUCUGACGAAAUUCAUGAAGGCAUAAUUUCCAACUGCAAUUUUUCUUCUGAGGUCACCAUUUCAGAUGUCUGUGAAAAAUACACGGAUCAAGCAGACGAGGCCAUAGGCAACAUCUUCAUCUAUGACAUUUAUGCUCCAUUGUGCUCUUCCUCUUCAAAUGCUCCCUUGCAUCAAUCAGGAUUUGAUCCAUGCUCAGAUGAUUAUGUCUUUGCCUAUUUGAACACCCCUGAAGUUCAGCAGGCUCUUCAUGCUAACACCACUGGAGUUCCUGGACCAUGGGAAGAUUGCAACUACACCUUAAAUGGUGAUUGGCAGGACAUGCCAGAUACAGUGUUACCUACCAUAAAGAAGCUGAUGGCUAGCGGCAUUAGCGUUUGGAUCUACAGUGGAGAUACAGAUGGGAUAAUACCAGUUACAACAACUAGGAGCAGAUAUGGUCCUCUUGGAAAACUUACUAAGGGCCAACAUUCAAAAAGAUCAGUCGAUUAUCUUAACUUUGCCACCGAGUAUUCACCGGUUUAUGCAGCACCUCAAGAGAGAUUAAAGGAAGCUGACAAGAUUGUAAAUUUGCCUGGACAACCAAAGGUGAAUUUUUCUCAAUAUUCAGGGUACAUAACUGUUGAUCCUAAGGGCGGUCGAGCACUCUUUUAUUAUUUUACUGAGUCUGAAGACCCUUCUAGCAAACCGCUAGUGCUAUGGCUAAAUGGAGGACCUGGCUGCUCUUCAAUAGGAGGUGGAGCAAUGAUAGAACUUGGACCUUUUCAGGUAAAUCCUGACGGAAAGACACUACGUUAUAACAAUUAUGCAUGGAACAAAGUGGCAAAUGUCCUCUUCUUAGAAUCUCGAGCAGGUGUUGGAUUUUCGUAUUCGAAUACAACAUCAAAUUAUGUUAUCGGGGACAAAAAAACUGCAGCAGAUUCAUAUACAUUUUUAAUUAACUGGCUCGAAAGAUUUCCCGAGUACAAAACCCUAGAUUUCUACGUAACUGGAGAGAGUUACGCCGGACAUUAUGUACCUCAGCUUGCUGACUUAAUCCUCGAAACCAACAAAAUCAAGAAUCAAACUGUCAUUAACCUUAAAGGAAUUGCUAUUGGGAAUGCAAAUAUUGACUAUACAGACAGGUGGACUGGCACUUAUGACCAUCACUGGACAAGUGCUCUCAUAUCUGAUGAAAUUCAUGAAGGCGUAAUAAAAAAUUGCAAUUUUUCUUCUGCUGCAAACUUUACAGAAGUCUGUCAAGAAUACACAGAUCGAGCCGAUAAGGCCAUAGGCAACAUCUUCAUCUAUGACAUUUAUGCUCCCCUGUGCUCUUCCUCUUUGAAAGCUCCCUCGGUAUCAGGUUUCGAUCCAUGCUCAGAUGAUUAUGUCUUCGCCUAUUUAAACACCCCUGAAGUGCAACGCUAA